AUGUUAAGAACGAAAAGCACAACCGCUGCUGGCCGGCAGGAUAAGAUGUUAAAGCACCAAAGAGCAUCGGCGCGUGGGGGCGAGACGGGGUCAGGGACUCGUACCCCUGAAGGUUUAUCUCCAUCGCGUGAAGUGCUGCGUCGCAGUGAGCCCCUGGCUACGUACAGAAGAUAUUCCGACAGCAUUGGAGAGGAUGGGUACAGUGACUCUGGGAAAAUAUACUGUGAACAAUAUCAGGCCGCUUGGACGAGAGUAACAACAGGGUGUAUGUCGGGUAUUGCAUUCGUCCUAGUUGUUGCGGUCCUCUAUGCCCUAUAUAUACUCUGCAGUUCUUACAUUUACAGUGUUGGCUGUGCUGUGGUCCUUUCUAUCGCUCUCCAUCCAAAUCGUUGUGGUGGAGAAAGUCGUAAUUGGAAAGGACGGUAUAUCGAAAGAAUGCGCUCAACGCGCGAGAAAUGGACGGGACGUUCGAGAGUUUUUGGUCUACUGGGUUCCCUUCUUUCCUUAACUCACUUUUUUCGGUAUGCACUCGGGCGUGGUGUCGCCUUUUCUGGCGUUGACAAGCUACUUGGCAGAGCCGGUAAGAGAGGACGCAAGUUUGUCAAAAUAUGUGAUCCCAGCGCUGGUAGUAACUCGGGGAAGGAUUCAAAACUUCAGCAGAAACCAGCCAAUGUUUUGCCUGCUGGAGACGCCAAUUCUUUGAAGUGGCAGGAAGAAAGCACGCUUUCUUGUAUUCUGUUGGUGGUCCUCAUCUGCUUUGUCGCCCAUUUGAUGUUCGGCAUACUGUUAUUCCUUGGUAUACAUUCCAUACUCAUCGCCUUGUUCAUCAUCACCGUCCCUUUCAUGACACCGGAUCGCUUCAUGUCUGUGAUGUGGCGCGUGUGGCUCUUAGCCAUCACUGUCUUCUUCUUUGUUGGAUUUUCAUAUAAUGUUGCAUUGGACGUCAUUUCCAUCAGCGAUGUCGUGAAGCAAACAACAUCAGUUGUGGUUGAAGCGGGGGAAAAGUGGACGGGUGGGGUGAAGGAAGGCAAUCGUACAAAUGUAGCGGCAAGUUUUGCCAACGGAACUGCAGCCUCUUCCUCUUCCUUCGCUGAGUUUGUGAACAUGACGCGGUCGAAACUGAACAAAAUGUUUUUACAAGAGCUUGCUUACGCAAUGAACCACACAAAUGCAACGGAACUUGCCUUGACCGUGCAGCACGCAGUUUCUCCCUUGAUGUCCUCCCUUUCGUCCGAUAUUAGCGUUCGUUCACUGCUGAAGAAUGGCGGGAAUAUUCGGGGUAAUUUUGCGCAACUCAAGAAGUUGUAUGAACAAGUAGUAUGGACCGAUGUCGCACAAAAACUCAUGGAACGGUGGCAAGAACUCUUUGUCUAUGCAAAUCAACUCUUGAUGAAGCUGGGAUCUAAUGUUUUGAACCUCUUUGACUCUGUGUACGCAGUUAUGUUAUUGUUUGUCGUCAUGCAUCAUCUAUUGCAGUUGGAGCACACCGUGCUGUACUACAUACUGGCGAAGUUGCUAAAAGUGCUAGAUCCCCAGUGCGGUGAGUAUCACGCACGUAAGAUUGAGACUGAGAUAACGAACUCUUUCCACACUCUAUUACAAUCAUUUUGGCAUAAGGCAUGUUUUCGAUUUUGCAUUACUUUUUGCCUUUUUAAAUGCUGGUCGUUUCCAACGCCGUUACUGUUUGGUGUGGUUUCUGCCGUUAUUGCACUUUUGCCACUCGCACCUAAGUGGAUAUCUCCUGUGGCCCUUACAUUCAUGUACAAACUCUUCUGCGCGGCAUAUGGUGAUGGGUUUGCAGCGGCUCUCGCAGAUCCUUGUUUGUGGUGUUGCUUCUUGGCUUUUUGUGCAACGUACAUGGAUGAGCGGUUGCUUUGUGUGUCGCAAGGGUUUCUCGACGAUCGUUCUUCGGUAGCGUCUGCACCAGGGCAGUGGAAGCUGCCAACUGCUGUUAUCAGUACCGCACUUGUGUUGGGGUUCUUUCAGUAUGGUGUAUGUGGUAUCUUUCUUGGACCGAUGACAGUUGUCUUGGCAAAAGUUUUAUACGAUAACUGGGAUACGGCAAUGGAGUAG